CGAGGCAACAUGCCAGGGCUCCAGAGCACGUUCCUGGCCAUGGACACGGAGGAAGGCGUGGAGGUGGUGGGGAAUGAGCUGCAUUUCAUGGACAAGGCGGCUUUCACGGGGCACAAGGAGAAGAUCAAGGCCCCCUUUGAGCAGCUGGUGGGUGUUGACCAUCCCAACAUCGUGAAGGUGCACAAAUACUGGCUGGACAUGAAGGGAAGCAAAGCCCAAGUGAUCUCCAUCACCGACUACGUCUCCUCAGGGAGCCUGAAGCAGUUCCUGAAGAAGACCAAGAAGAACCACAAAGCGAUGAGUGCCAGGGCCUGGAAGCGCUGGUGCACCCAGAUCCCCUUAGCUCUCAAAUAAGUCCUGGCACUCUUUCCCUGCAGUUACCUGCACUCCUGCAAUCCCCCCAUCACCCGCGGCUACCUCACCAGUGACACCAUCUUCAUUCAGCACAACCGGCUCAUCAAAAUAGGAUCAGUCUGGCAUCGUGUUUUUGCAAAGGCCCUUCUGCCCGAGCUCCACAGCCUGGUCCAUACAGAGCGGGAAGACCCGUGGACUCACUUCUUCCCACCAGAGUACGGAGAGAUGGCCGACGGCACAGCGGUGGACAUCUUCUCCUUUGGGAUGUGUGCGCUGGAGAUGGCCGUGCUGGAGAUCCACUCGAAUGGGGACUCUUCCGUGACCAAGGAGGCCAUUGAGCGAGCCAGGCACUCUUUGGAUGACCCCAACGUGCGGGCAUUCAUCCUGGGCUGCCUCCUCCUGAUUCCCAGCCAGGGGCCCGCGGCCCAAGACCUGCUCUUCCACCAGGUGCUUUUUGAGGUCCACUCCCUGAAGCUCCUGGCUGCCCAUUGCUUCAUUGCCCACCAUGUGAACCUGUGGCCUGAAAACGUGGUGAUGGAGAAAACCAAGGAGCUGGAUCUCAGCAAGGUGAUGGCAGAGAUUCGGCGGGCAGGGCGGCUGCCAGUGCAGUGCAGGUGGCGAUAUUCAGAGCUCUCUUUCCUGGAAUUGGACAAAGGUGAGUUUCUCCGUUCUGCCAGGAAUGGCAUUUACCCCCUGAUGAACUUUGCCACCGUCUGGCCCCCCACCCCCCCACCCCCGGCCAGUUCCCAGGCCCUGGAAGACCCCCGGAAAGCCCAAAGCCCCACUCCAGAGCCUUUGGAAGUGGAGAUGCGGAAGGGGGGGUGGCUUUGGCGGGUGGUGCAAAUGCAGUGCAACGUGGAGUGGCAGGAGGAGAGGCGGCAAUGGCACCUGACCCUCCUUCUCACCCUGGGAGACAAGCUCCACCGCCAGCUGAGCUCUGACCUGUUCCCUGGGGGCGAGGGGCAGAGAGGGAGUGGGAUGGGCCAUGAGGACGACCGGGAGAUGCUGGCGGCGUUCCUGGAAGGCGCCCUGCCAAAGCCCCGGACUCCUCCCGCCCGAGGCGCCUUUCCAGGCCGGCGGCCAGAAGGGCCCAUGAACCGGCGCCGCCCGGACGAGGGACAGGACGAAGCCGGCUGCCUCUGCUGGGACCGGUCCCGCGGCCCGCGGAGGAAGAAGCGGCGAGAGGCAGCGUCUUCCUGGGACACGGCGGGAACGGGGCUUGCCCGGGGAGCGGCAGGCAGGGCGGCGGCUUCUCCGACGGAAGCCGCCUUGCCUCCCCCACGUCCCGCCCCGCAUUAA